AUGAUUCGGCCGAUUCUUUCUGAAGAAAUAAAAAAUGCUAUGUUUAGUAUUGGUAAUCAUAAAGCUCCUGGGUCGGAUGGGUUUUCUUCGCGGUUUUUCAAAGCUCCUUGGGAUGUUGUUGGGCGAGAUGUGGAGAUUGCAAUUCACAAUUUCUUUUAUCGAGGUAACCUCCCGAAGGAAUUGAAUCAUACGCUUAUCUGUCUUAUUCCUAAAACUGUUAAUGCUUCUAAGGUUACUGAUUAUCGACCUAUAGCUUGCUGCAAUACUUCGGUUGGUCCCCCUCGCUGUGCUCUCAAGAUUGAUAUUAAAAAAGCCUAUGAUAUGGUAGAUUGGAGGUUUCUCAUUAUUAUGAUGCAGGGCUUGGGGUUUCACCCGGUUAUGAUUAAGUGGAUUAGGGAAAUGGUGUCCACUACUUCCUACUCGCUUGCGAUUAGUGGUGAAUCUUUUGGGUUUUUUCAUGGUGGACGGGGUCUUAGGCAAGGUGAUCCGUUAUCUCCAUAUUUAUUCACGAUUAUUAUGGACGGAUUUUCUAUGCUCCUUAAGACUUGUAUCAGGGAGGCUUCUGAUUUUGAGUACCAUUGCGGUUGUGAGGAGCUGGAUAUCACUCAUCUAUGUUUUGCUGAUGAUUUAUUUGUUUUUACUAAAGGUGAUGUUCAUUCGGUGGAGGUGCUUAAAAAAGCUCUUUCUCUCUUUCAACAAUGUUCAGGUUUGGAACCAAGCCUUGAAAAGAGUGAAAUUUAUUUUGGUAAUGUGCCCCAUUCUAUUAGAGAGGCCAUUCUGGUCUGCCUUCCAUUUAAGCUUGGCUCUUUUCCGGUUCGUUAUCUGGGAGUGCCAUUAUCUCAUGCUCGUUUGAAAAUUAGUGACUAUAGACCUUUGCUUGCUAAGGUUAAAGGUCGUAUUUUUAAUUGGAAGGCUAAGUUUCUCUCGUUCGGAGGACGUAGGCAACUUAUUAUAGCGUACUUUGUGCCUCAAAUUGGUGAUGGUACGGAUACUAAUGCUUGGGAAGAUUAUUGGCUUCCUUGUGGUCCUCUUUCGGCUUUUAUGACUUAUCGGUUCAUCUAUUCUUGUGGUCUUUCUCCUGCUACUACGGUUCGUGAGCUUGUCAUGCAUUUGAAUGGAGUUUGGCCUGAUGAAUGGUGUGCCAGGCGUGUUGCCACCUGGAAUAGGGCUUUACUUGCGAAACAUGUUUGGGAUAUUCUUAGACAUCGUGAUUCUUUGUGGGUACAAUGGGUGUAUUGUCAUAUUCUUCGKUCUUCUCAUUUCUGGCUGGUUCGGAAGAGCUCCAAUUGGUCUUGGAUUUUCCGUAAGUUGUUGGACCUUCGAGCUCAUUUGCGACGUUUUCUUUUCUCCAAGAUUGGUAAUGGUCGGGAUACAAAUGCUUGGGAGGACUCUUGGCUGGCWUGUGGACAUCUUUCGGCCUUCUUAUCCUAUCGGUUUAUACAUUCUUGUGGGUUCUCGACUGGCACAUCGGUUAGAGAAUUACUUAUUAGUAUCGAUGGGGUAUGGCCGGAAGAGUGGUGUAACAGGAUUWCUACGCUCCGUUCUUAUACUGUCCCAUCKUUAAAUGAUGYUGUUUGUGAUKAAGUUCUGUGGRGGGCUGACUGCACUUCUCGGUCUCUGUUUUCGGUUAGUACUGCUUGGGAAUCUUUAGAUGGGACUCAUCCGAUUGUACCGUGGUAUAAAUCGGUAUGGUUCUCGGGUCAUAUUCCUAAGCAUGCUUUCUGUUUAURGCUUGCUUGUCAGAGACGUCUCCCUACUCAAGACCGCCUAAUUUGGAAGGAUGAACCCCCGGAUUUGAAGUGUUCGUUAUGUGGUAAUUGUAUUGAUAGCCAUGCUCACUUAUUCUUCCAAUGUGUUUUUGCUCGGGAGGUUUGGGAAAGUAUGUUGCUUCUUGUGGACUUGAGGACUAUGCCGUCGUCUUGGGAUCAAAUUGUGGWUUUUMUUUYGGAUCGUGCUMGUCRACCUAAGCRUUUAAAGCAGAGGCUAAUGGUUGCAKCUUCUGUUUAUUAUAUUUGGYAAGAAAGAAAUAGAAGACUUUUUUCUGAAGUUAGCCGCACAACUGUGCAACUCAUCACAAUUAUCAAUAAUACGAUUUCUAUGCGUGCGGCUUGGGUGGAUAGAAGACGGGCGCCUGGUGUUGCUGUGCUAUGA